CCCUUAACCGCUUGCUUCUGUCCAUGUUGUACCUGCUGCUGUCCAUUUAAGAAGCCGGCUCCACCUCCAACCACCCCAAAACCAAAACCUCCUCCCGAACCAACCUGCUGCGGACCCUCGGUUAUUUACCUCCCUGUCGGUCCACCAGAAAUAAUUCAAGUACCAGUCACGACAUACAUCCAGCGAACAGUAGCAGCACCAGAAAUCAUUUCCAUCACCUCACUGUCUCAACCUGCCCCAUCGCCAAAAUAUAUAACAGUUGAAGUUCCACCAAGUCGUGAAAUACAAGUAGCUCCAGCACCAGAGCGUCAGAUCAUAACAAUUCCGGCCGGGUCAUCGUAUAGUAUAGGUGGUGGUUCGUCCAUGUCAACAGCUCAUCUAUCACCCAGCUUAAUGAAGACACCACCAUCAUCUGGCUAUGCAAAAGGCUCUUAUCAAGUUGUUUAUGACUUUUUAAAAUGA